AAGCUCGACGCUUUGAACGCGUGAUCUUUUGACAAAUUCCAUCAUCAGCAGAAACAGCUAGCGGAAUUGGAGCACAAGGUUAAUCCAACCGUGCAGAGCGAUUUACUUAGCUUGCGUUUUGCAAGGAAAAGCUUCAUUUGGAGUCAACAGGACUAAGCUAUCAACCGAUCAAAAUGAAAACGUUCUGUGUUGUUACAAUUGUACUUGUGCUUGCAUCGGUGUGUGUUGAUGCCCGUGGAAACCGCCAUCAUGGAGGAUUGAUGGGAACUGGGGUGCCAAGGUGCCUGAAAACGUGCAAAGAUGAUUGCACGGAAAUGAAACCUUGCGCUUUAGCUACAUGUCCUUCUGUCUGCCACGCAACUCGCGAAGCGGCCGAAGGCAGUGGCGCUAAUCGCUGCAUGAUCAGGUGCGGGUUGACUCAAUGUUUGCCGAGAUUCCCAAGCUGUAAAGCGUGCGUCGCCCGUUGCGCUGCACCGGUUACCGCAUGCAAGCGAAGCAGUUGUGCAUCUGAGUGCCCAGCCGGGAUGACCAUACCUGAGCACAUGCAACUAAGUGGAUGCGUUCGUUGCAUGAAACGUAAUUGCAGAAAUAUAAUGAAUGGGAACUAGUGGAUACGACUAGAUUCUGACGAUCACCCCCCAAAAAAAUAUACCCACUAACCUAAAAUACUAACAAUUUGUAAGUGAUCUGUCGUAGAGUGUGAAAUAUAACUCGUUAAAGAAAACUAAUAAAAUUGCAUUCUAACAUA